AUGCACCUGUUCGGCGAGGACAUCGGCAAAGCGCUGGCAUGGGGUGAGCGGUUCAAGAUCGCUUUGGGUGCGGCCAGGGGCCUAGCCUACCUUCACCACGAGUGCCUCGAGUGGGUCAUUCACUGCGACGUCAAGCCGGAGAACAUCCUGCUCACGCGGAACCUCGACCCAAAGAUCUCUGAUUUCGGGCUGGCCAAGCUGGCCGGGAGGAAGGCCAUUGGCGACGGCGUACAACUCUCCCACAUGAGGGGGACGACGGGGUACAUGGCACCCGAGUGGGCGCUGAGUCUGCCGGUUGACGCCAAGGUCGAUGUGUAUAGCUUUGGCAUCGUGCUUCUGGAGAUCCUGAUCGGGAGCAGGAUAUCUGACCAAACGACCAACGGGGAUCGAUUGGAGAUGUGCCAAAUCAUGCAGGCGCUGAAGAGGAUGGUGGCGACUGGGGAGGUCAUGUCAUUGUUGGAUAGUAGGUUGGAUGGGCAAUUCAACCCUUGGCAAGCCAUGGAAAUGGUGAAGCUCUCAUUGGCGUGCAUGCAGGAAAGGAGCAACCGGCCGACCAUGGAUGACAUCUGCAAAGCUCUUACAGCCUGCGAUGACGAGGACGAGCACCCUGCCUACUUCCGGUGA